CGGUAUCCGUCCGAAGUUGAGGGCGUCGCAUUUUGACCUUCCACGUUCUGAACGCGCGGCGUCGUUGACAAUCGACGGCUCCGUCAUCGGCCAUCGGCCUUCAUUUUCGCGGUGCUUCUCUACCUCCGACCAGCUUCCGUUCGUCCCCGACGUUUAGAUGCAGAUCACAUUUGAAGUUGGAAUCAAAGGAUAAAAUGGCAGGUAAUGGUGAUCAACUUCCUAUAAUGUUGUUUUGGGGUGGAGAAAUGGUUAAGCACGGAGAUCACAAGUCUGUAGAUUAUUCAGAACCACCAAAAACUGUGUGUUUCUUGAGUCGCACUAGCAGGCACGAUGAGCUUUUGGCGGAAGUGCACACUGCGAUGAACACAACUGAAGAUCACAGAAAGCUCACCUUGUUUGGAAGGUACCCGUCAAUGAUUCCAGGGGGACAAGUUUUGUUUGUUUCAUUUCCACUCACUAACAAUCAAUCAUGGCAUUGGUUUUUGGAAGCAACAUUGCUUUUCCAGCCAGUCCAUGUGUAUAUUGUUGCUGAAAAGAAAACAACAGAUGAUAGAAAUCUCAAGAAGAAGCAUAGAGUUGGCUCUUCAGGUUGUGCUAAUGACCACAUUUUGGAUGGUGAAGAGGAAGACAUGUUGGAUGAUGGAAGAGUCAUGAAGAUUCGUAGGGGUUUCCAGGGUGUAGCAAUUCGUAGGCACUGUAUUAGCAAGGCCAGUUCCUCAUAUCAGGGUGAUGAAGAUGCGGUCAACGGUGACAUUGUUGCUGCUGAUAUUGAUACACCAGCCACUGUUACAGAUUCUGCUGCUGUUAGUUCUUCAACACAUGCUGUCGAUACUACACCAGCUACCAUUACUACACCAACCACCGUUACAGCUCCUGCUGCGGCUGAUACACCAGCCACGGUUACAACUCCUGUCGUGUCUGCUGCACCAAAUGCUGCUUUUGAAAAUGAGCAAAAGACUAUAAGGUUGGAAGUUCUCCUGAGUCAGUUAACUCCUCGAAAUUCUCUGCGGGUGCUUGAACUAGUGAAAGAUGUUAACAUUGACAAUGUUAAAUCUCUUGUUGCUUUCGCUAGAAUGGCAUACAACAAAGCUGUCGUGGAGCCUGCUUUCUGUGAGAUGUUGGUAGAUAUUUGCAUUGCGCUUAAUUGUAUGUUGCCUGGAUUUACCGUGGAUGGGAAGGAGCUCAACUUUGCGAGAUGUCUCUCGAAUUGUUGCCAUAAAGAACUUCAGAGAGGCAAAGAAAAACUGAUGUUGGGCAAUGUGAAAUUAAUCACGGAACUAUACGUGAAAAACCUGCUAGAUGAAGGAAUCGUGCACAGCUGCAUCAAGAAAAUAUUGUGGGAGUGUGAAAAUCCAGAAGAAGAAGAGAUUGAAGCCCUCAGCAAGCUGAUGUACAGAGUUGGUGAAUCCAUGGACAACCCCCAAGUUAAGGAGCUUACGGUGAUGGACAUGUACUUUGAAAAGAUGACUAAAUUGUCAAACCACCCGGAUUUCUCCUCUAGAGUAAAGCAAAUGUUGGUUCAUUUGGUUGGACUGAGAAACAACAAGUGGGAGCCUAAAACCCCUGGCCUAGCAAUGACACUCCACGUGGGAGUCUCGAAGCCACAUCCGCCAUUUACUAUAAAAGUUAAAUUGUCCCACACUGUCUUAAAUAUGAAGGCAAUGAUCAAGUACCAUAGAGGGUACCUGUUGUGCCAGCAGAGGCUCCUCCUCGCCGACUUGGAGCUUGAGGACAACCGUACACUUGCUGAUUACAAUGUGCAGAGCUACUCCCCCAUUCUUCUCCGCGUACUUUGACGAACGUGUGUAUACGUGCAUUAUAUUAUGGUAGGAACCGUCAAUUUUACGAACGGGGCAUCAGAGCGCCCCCGGGUCAUCCCAUGACAUUGGUUCCCAAUGUCAUGGGAACCUUGGUGUUAUAUUAUAAGUCUGCAGUAGUAUUUGGCUUGUGUAGAAGUUGUUGGGUGUUCGGCUCACAGCAUUAUAGACGACGUGUUGUCAAUGUUUCUUUUUGGGAUAAGUAAUUUGUGGAACACCUAUAAGGCUAUAAGAGAUACCUCAUAAAUAGAUUUUCAAAUU